AUGUCUCGCGACUGGCUUGCCGCGUUCGAAUGCCUCUUCUCCGUCAUCUCGCUCGACCUCCCUCACGAAGUCGCCGCUCGGCACGGAGUCGUGGAGACUAUUCGUCAGUGGAAGGAGCGCAUGCCCCAUCUGCUCGUGAAUGAGCGCUAUCACUUUGAGGGCGAGCACGAGGCGGCUGGAAUCCGCGCGCUACAUCUCACGCUUGUCGCCUGCGCUAAGGCAAUUGAAGGGCAAGACAUUGAUCCCCUCAGGUCAUUGCCGACGGCCUCGCAGCUCGUGUCCGUCUUGGAGACAGCGCGGCCACUCCAGCUUGUCCACCUCGAAUGGCAGAUGCGAACCGAGGCAUGCCGCCUCGUCAACUCUCGACCGACGCACUACAUCGACGGCACCGCCAUCACCGUCCUCGCCUGGCGUGCAUGGUUGAAUGCAGCCGACGCUGGCACUCUGUCGCACUCGGUUCGGCAAGCUACGCACCGUCCGGCUCGCGAAACCACCAUCUUUGCCACGAUCCGGUGGAUGUACUACGCCCUCUGGUGCCAGCGCAUUACUCUCGAGACGAUGCCCAGUCACGAAACCUUGUUGAGCUCUAUCCGACAAAAUACGGUCCUCAUCUUUGGUGCAACGCGGGGCGAGGUUGGCUGGGCCAACAAAGUCGGCAUCGAUGUUGCCUUCCUUCACCCUCGAAUGCUCCACGAAAUGGGCAAGCUGGGUCACAGCGCCCCGCCUGCCAUUCUUCAACCGCAGCCACAGCUCACCGGCCAUACCGGCUGGCAAGAGCGUUCGCUCCUCAAGCCCCGCCUCGGGUUCCGCACGCGCAAGAUCUAUGGGGUGGAUGCGUAG